GAUUUGACGCUUGAAUGUCAAAAUCAAACAAUUUUUGAUUAUCAUUCCUUGUGUUCAAAGGCGUUAAUUUUAAUAUAUUCUUUGAAAUGCCUGCUGGAACAUCUACAAUGGAUCCCUUGAGGGAAAAAGCCUUUCAAGAUUACAGAAAAAAGUUGAUGGAGCACAAAGAAGUCGAAUCAAGACUUAAAGACAUGAGAGAACAGUUAAAAGAUCUAACCAAACAAUAUGAUAAAAGUGAAAAUGACUUAAAAGCCCUGCAAAGUGUUGGACAAAUUGUUGGUGAGGUGUUAAAGCAGUUGACCGAGGAAAAAUUUAUUGUGAAAGCAACAAACGGUCCCCGAUACGUAGUUGGAUGCCGUCGACAACUUGACAAGAACAAGCUGAAGGGAGGGACCAGAGUUGCUCUAGAUAUGACUACACUUACUAUUAUGCGUCAUUUACCUAGAGAGGUGGAUCCACUAGUCUACAAUAUGAGUCACGAGGAUCCCGGCGAUGUCACAUACUCUGCUAUUGGUGGCCUUCAGGAACAAAUCCGACAGUUGAGAGAGGUGAUUGAACUCCCCUUGUUGAAUCCAGAACUCUUCGUCCGUGUAGGAAUCACUCCGCCAAAGGGUUGCCUGCUAUAUGGUCCACCGGGAACUGGCAAGACCUUACUGGCGAGGGCUGUGGCCUCUCAGCUCGAUGCAAACUUCCUCAAGGUGGUAUCGUCGGCCAUUGUAGAUAAAUACAUCGGCGAGUCGGCUCGUUUGAUCCGCGAGAUGUUCAACUACGCGCGGGACCACCAGCCUUGCAUCAUUUUCAUGGACGAAAUCGACGCCAUUGGUGGGAGACGUUUCUCCGAGGGCACCAGCGCCGACCGUGAGAUCCAGCGCACGCUGAUGGAACUGCUGAACCAGAUGGACGGGUUCGAUUCCCUGGGGCAGGUGAAGAUCAUCAUGGCCACCAACAGACCCGACACCUUGGACCCCGCGCUACUUCGGCCCGGACGUUUGGACAGGAAGAUCGAGAUUCCUCUCCCCAACGAACAGGCCAGAUUGGAAAUUCUAAAAAUCCACGCCGCGCCGAUAGCGAAGCACGGCGAGAUGGACUACGAGGCUGUGGUGAAGCUGUCGGACACCUUCAACGGAGCCGAUCUGAGGAAUGUGUGCACCGAAGCUGGUCUAUUCGCCAUUCGUGCCGAGAGAGAGUACAUUAUACAGGAGGAUCUCAUGAAGGCAGUGCGCAAAGUUGCAGACAACAAGAAACUCGAGAGCAAGCUGGACUACAAACCGGUUUAAAUUGGCAUUUAUUUAUAUAAUUCAAUUAAUUCUAUUAUAUUAUGUAACUGCUUUUUUAAAAUAAAAUUAGUGUUAUUACAUCUGUUUUCUUUCAGUUAUGUAUUCAAAAUCCACACAACGAUAAAGCAUACUUACUCGUAACAUUUUUACGUGGUAGAGCCACACUGCAGCUAUAUUAUGGUCGUGCACGAAUGGGUCGAUCGAGAUACGACCACGCUCUCACAGAAUACCAGCGUAAAAUAGCAGCUUAACACUGCUGUGUUUCGUAUGCUGAGUGUAGAGAUCCGCAGACCCUUUUUACUGAAUACGAGGCAUUCCAUCUUAGUCCUCACGGGUGACAACGCACCUGCAUUUUGAUUCGCAAACGAGGAUAAAUGUAGAUGUCUGUGAGCCACAGCAACCACUUACCAUCAGGUGGACUGUGUGAUUCUCUACACUCACCAUAACACAACAGUUUUAAGCUACUAUUUUACGCUGGUAUUCUGUGAGAGCGUAGUCCUUCCCCAGUCGAGCCGACCCAUUUGUGCUAUAACUAUACUACUAAUAUAGCUGCAGCAUAGCUUUACCACGUAUAAGAACUCCUUACCUUCUUAACUCUGCGUAGCUGUGAUAGUUUUCUUUUUGACUUCAUUAUAAUAUGUACUACUAUUCUGUAUACUUUUCACAUAUCCAAAAGCAGUUUUUAAAAGCUUUUAGUAAAAGCUUUACCAACUAAACAUGGUAAAGGGGGGACACAUGACUCUAAUGAAAAAUUCCACUUUAAAGCUAAAUAUUUCGCAAACGGACCCCUGAAUCGAAAAGAUGUUGUUCCACACCUCCCAAUUUUUUUUAAAGACCUAUCCAACGAUACCCCACAUGAUGGAAUAAACGGUUAAAAAAGAAUCAUCCUCCAUUUACUUGUAUGGGAAGUACCCGUAAUAAAAAUGUUUAUAAGAUUUUAUUUCACAGUUUUCUAGGCGUGAUUAAUAUCUAUAACUAUGUCAAAUUACAGAUUUGUGCACAGACAGAGAGACAGACAUGGUGAAACUAUAAGGGGUAAAAGUCCUUAAAAAUACCCCUAAACCUAACUAUUAAAAGCCCCUAAAGAAUCCCAUUCCCAUCCCACUUAUUUGCUCCCUAAUAAAUUUAGGCGGUACGCCCCCAAAGCCCCAAACCCCUAAGUUCAGAACCCCCUCGAAGUUUUAGGUUACACAAGAUAAAGUUAGACUCCGUUAGAGCCGACAAAAAUUCACCGAGAAGGUUUCUCGGUGUGCUGGAUGAACGGCAGCGUCGAUCUUCGAUGAAAAUUAAUAUAAACAUAUUACUUGUGGUAUUUGUGAAGGCGCUCUUAUAGCGCGUUCUUAAAAACUAAUAGCGACAUCUAUCAAAAAACUUAAGAACUAUUUGCACCAUUCGUUUCCUUUACGGGCUGAAGCUGAAGAUGAUUAGAGAGUAGUAUUCCUAGAUGUAGUUCUAUUUUACUAGGUAUAAAUAUUUAACUAGACUAGACAAUUAUGAUAAUAAUAUGAAAAAUAAGUAAGUACCUUUUUAAUUCAACUGAGAACUUACCCUAAAGGUUUUCUCUACUAGAUUUCUCCUACGCGAUCACUAAGAUAUCGGGGAACUGUUGGUGUCUAGUCGUCAUUAUGAAGCAAUCUAAUUUUUCGUCGAAGAGUCGGGACUAUACCAGGUCAAUUUUCUGUGGGUACCCUUUUGGAAGAAAGAGUUCCUCCUUCUUCUUGAAAUCAUUUUAAGCAAACUGCUAUAUAUCAAUCUCUUCAAUGUCCUUCUAUCUCAUCAACUGCUCCAAUUAUUCCUGUAACACAAUAUGUUCUUCCUUGGCUGUUAUUAUUUAAUUUUGGUAUUUAUAUUUUUAUAUUUUAAUUUUUAGUUGAUGUUUUUUUACAUAAUAGAUCUUGUUCGCGCCAAACGCUAAUUUCAGGAACUAACGCGGGAGGGCGCGCGGCUCGGUGCCAUACCGGUGUCGACGCCCGGGCUGCUGCCGACGGCCAAGGUCUACUAAGGUCAAUCACCAUCAGUCACACCCAGAUACACAUCACAGCACCUUAUUUCCCUUGCACUACACAACCACAUGCGACCUGACCGACUCCGGAGGGACCAUUCGCCUUGGAUAUAGGUGGAUCCACUAGUCUACAAUAUGAGUCACGAGGAUCCCGGCGAUGUCACAUACUCUGCAAUUGGUGGCCUUCAGGAACAAAUCCGACAGUUGAGAGGGGUGAUUGAACUCCCCUUGUUGAAUCCAGAACUCUUCGUCCGUGUAGGAAUCACUCCGCCAAAGGGUUGCCUGCUAUACGGUCCACCGGGAACUGGCAAGACCUUACUGGCGAGGGCUGUGGCCUCUCAGCUCGAUGCAAACUUCCUUAAGGUGGUAUCGUCGGCCAUUGUAGAUAAAUACAUCGGCGAGUCGGCUCGUUUGAUCCGCGAGAUGUUCAACUACGCGCGGGACCACCAGCCUUGCAUCAUUUUCAUGGACGAAAUCGAUGCCAUUGGUGGGAGACGUUUCUCCGAGGGCACCAGCGCCGACCGUGAGAUCCAGCGCACGCUGAUGGAACUGCUGAACCAGAUGGACGGGUUCGAUUCCCUGGGGCAGGUGAAGAUCAUCAUGGCCACCAACAGACCCGACACCUUGGACCCCGCGCUACUUCGGCCCGGACGUUUGGACAGGAAGAUCGAGAUUCCUCUCCCCAACGAACAGGCCAGAUUGGAAAUUCUAAAAAUCCACGCCGCGCCGAUAGCGAAGCACGGCGAGAUGGACUACGAGGCUGUGGUGAAGCUGUCGGACACCUUCAACGGAGCCGAUCAGAGGAAUGUGUGCACCGAAGCUGGUCUAUUCGCCAUUCGUGCCGAGAGAGAGUACAUUAUACAGGAGGAUCUCAUGAAGGCGGUGCGCAAAGUUGCAGACAACAAGAAACUCGAGAGCAAGCUGGACUACAAACCGGUUUAAAUUGGCAUUUAUUUAUAUAAUUCAAUUAAUUCUAUUAUAUUAUGUAACUGCUUUUUUAAAAUAAAAUUAGUAUUAUU